AUGACCAGGGGCUUGGGGAUGCGGGAGGCGAUCGGAGGCUUGGAGAUGCGGAAGUAUGAAUUGGAUGUUAGCCAGGAAUUGCAUCUUACUCUCACCAGUUACAGUCCUGCAACUUGGGCUGCUGAUGAUAUCCUACGGAAACAAGAGAACAUGCCUAACCGUAUGAUGAUGGUGAAUGCUUUGGAAAAGGAUCAAGGAGUUCUCCAAAUGAACUCAAGUCCCACCUCCAUCCUCCUCUGCCCUCCAAUAGACAUAAAGAAAGAUACCAAUACUGGCGGCGUGGUCUUCGACUCCUCUUUGCUGCGAAAACAAACCAAGAUUCCGAGGGAGUUCAUAUGGCCUCUAAGUGAAAGGCCGAGCACUCCAAAAGAAUUCAAUGCGCCAGUGGUGGACCUCCAGGGUUUCUUUCAAGGCGACGAGGCUUCCACAAUGCGAGCAGCCGAGCUCAUCAGGACCAUCUGCAUGACCCACGGUUUCUUCCAAGUCACCAACCACCGCGUCGAUGCGUCUCUCGCCCAGGACGCAUUUGACUGCAUGGAUGAAUUCUUUAGACUUCCUCUUAGCCGCAAGCUACGGGCGAAGAGGAAGCCAGGGAGCAUGUGGGGUUAUGCCGGGGCUCACUCCGACCGCUUCUCCUCCAAACUACCUUGGAAGGAGACCCUCUCCUUUGGCUACCAUGAGGCUGGUCCUGAACACACGUUUGUGGACUACUUCACAUCCAUCCUAGGCAAAGAUUUUGAGAGAAUGGGGUUGGUCUACCAAAGGUAUUGCAAGGCAAUGAAGGAUUUGUCAUUAGCCAUCAUGGAGAUCCUGGCAAUCAGCUUGGGAGUAGAACGAUCAUUCUACCGAGAAUUCUUCAAGGACAAUAGCUCUAUAAUGAGAUGCAACUACUACCCGCCAUGCCAAGAGCCGGAGCUCGCACUCGGGACCGGACCGCAUUGCGACCCAACCUCGCUAACCGUUCUCCAACAAGACCAGGUUGGGGGGCUGGAGGUGUUCGCUGACGGAGAAUGGCAGUCUGUCCGCCCGAUACGUGACGCUCUCGCGAUCAACAUUGGCGACACGUUCAUGGCGCUGUCGAAUGGGCGGUACAAGAGCUGCCUGCAUCGAGUGGUGGUGAAUCGACGGUGGGAGCGGCGAUCGCUGGCCUUCUUCCUGUGCCCGAGGGAGGACCGGGUGGUGCGGCCCCCGCCAGGGGAUCUCGGCGAACCGAGGUUGUACCCGGACUUCACAUGGGGCGACCUCAUGGCCUUCACCCAGCACCACUACCGGUCCGACAUGCGGACCCUCCAUGCAUUCACCCGUUGGCUUCUAGCCUCCAAGAAUCCAUUAACCUAACGUCCUAUUUUUCACUGGUUCUACGCCCAUGGAGCUACGUGGCUUCAUUCUUACUGCCUCCCUCCUUCACUAGAUUAUAUGGACAAAAAUAAGAACAUGGUGCUGUUUCCUUGUGGAAAUCCGAGGUGUUGACGUGUGGAUGUAGUGGGGAUA